AUGGAUUCAGUUAACGAAAUGAUGAUGCUUCAGAAGCCUGUGAUGUUGGAUGAUCGUGGUUAUGGUCGUUGGAAAGUCCGAAUGGUUCAGUUGAUCCGAAAUCUAGGAGAGGAUGCUUGGACAGCUGUUGAGGAAGGCUGGGAACCCCCGUAUGAAAAAACUGAAGGUGGUGACAAGAUCACUAAGCCUAAGGCCCGCUGGACGGUAGAAGAGAAGAGCUUAUCAAAGUAUAAUGCUAAAGCUCUUAAUGCUAUAUUUGGAGCUGUAAACGAUGAUGAGUUUAAACUUGUUCAAGGAUGUGAGUCAGCUAAAGAUGCUUGGGAUAUCCUGGAGAAGUCGCAUGAAGGUAACUCAAGUUUCAAACGAACAAGGUUGGAUCAGCUUGCCUCUCAAUUUGAAGUUUUAAGGAUGGAUCCAGAAGAAACUAUCUCACAGUUCAGUGCCAAGAUGAGUGCUAUUGCAAAUGAGGCAAAGAAUCUUGGCAAAAUCUACAAGAAUACGAAGAUGGUUAAAAAAUUAAUCAGAUGCUUGCCGUCAAAAUACGCAGCUCACAAAGCAGUCAUGAGGGUCUCAGGAAACACUGACACUUUGAAGUUUGCUGAUUUAGUUGGUAUGCUGAAGUCUGAAGAAAUGGAAGUUGAUGAAGAAUUAAGAAUUCAUGGUCAAGGAAUUGCUUUCAAGGCAGAUGAUACAAGUGAUCAGUUGAAAGAAAUUAAGGAGAAUAUGUCGUUAAUGGCAAGGAACUUUGGAAAGGUCCUGAAACGUGUUGAAAAAGGUCAAGGAAAAGAGACCUCUCGCUGGAACAGAAACGAUGCUGAUAGACCUAACAAUCGUUUCAACAUGACUGAUAAGGAGAAGGCUGAUCAUAGAAAAGAUGUGCAAUGUCAUGAGUGCAGUGUUUUUGGGCACUACAAACCUGAAUGUCCUUUGACAAAGAGGAAGGAGAUGAAAUGUUUUGAGUGUAAAGGAAUUGGUCAUUUGAAAACUGAAUGUCCAAAUUUGCAGAAAGCAAAGAACAAGUCGUUUUUGAGUUAUAGUGAUUCAGAGUCAGAAAGUGAUGAAGAAGAAGGGAUGCUUAAUCUCUUUGCUUUCAGUGUCAAGAGCGAUGACAUACCAGUUGAGAGCUCAGAUGAAGAUGAAGAUGAGGAUGAGUCUGUUACAAAAGAGAGCUACUGUGUUUUGUAUGACAAUUGGAUUCAGUUGUGUAAUGAAAAGCUGUUACUUGUCAAGGAGAAAUUGAAAUUGGAAGCCAAAGUCAACAUGCUUGAAGAAAGGAAGGCUGAAGUAGUGAUCGGCGAGAAACUUCCUCCUACAGAAAAGGAGCUGUUUGAGAAGAAACUACAAAAUUUACAAGAAGAGUAUGGUUUGGAGAAGGAAAGAUCGACAAGGUUAGAAAGGGAGUUGAAUGAUAAUCACAAAAAAAUCAGGAUGUUAAACAAUGGAGGUCCAAAGCUGGAUGAAAUUCUGUCAAUGGGAAUUGUAGGAUCUCAGCAUCGAGGUCUGGGCUACCGCAAGUAA